AUGAAAGCUGCUAUUGUCGGUGGUGGUGUGAUCGGUGGAGGCUGGGCGGCCCGCUUUCUUCUGAACGGUUGGAGCGUUGCGGUGUUCGACCCGGAUCCGGACGCCGAACGCAAGAUCAAUGAAGUUGUCGCAAAUGCCCGCAGAAGCCUUCCUUCCCUUUAUGACAGGUUGAUGCCGACGGAAGGAACGCUGACAUUUCACGCGGAAAUGGCCGACGCCGUUUCUGGGGCCGAUUGGGUUCAGGAGAGUAUUCCUGAAAGGCUGGAACUGAAACACAAUGCCCUGUGUGCGAUAUCAGAGCUUGCUGCUGCGGACGCUGUGAUCGGGUCAUCUACAUCCGGCUUCAAACCAUCCGAAUUGAAUGGCAAAGGCGCUCGGGCAAUCGUCGCCCACCCCUUCAAUCCGGUUUAUCUGCUGCCACUUGUCGAACUGGUCGGAGAUGCGGGAGUAACCGCCAAGGCUGCCGACAUCUUGAAAAAACUCGGCAUGUUCCCGCUGAUAUUGCGCAAGGAAAUCGAUGCCCAUAUUGCCGACCGGCUUCUGGAAGCCGUUUGGCGGGAAAGUCUCUGGCUGGUCAAAGACGGAGUUGCGACAACGGAAGAGAUCGACGAAGCCAUUCGCAUGGCGUUCGGAAUUCGCUGGGCGCAGAUGGGGCUGUUCGAAACCUACAGGAUUGCCGGAGGUGAAGCGGGCAUGAAGCACUUCAUGGCUCAAUUCGGACCGGCACUGGAAUGGCCGUGGACGAAACUGAUGGAUGUGCCGGAGUUUGACGAUGACCUGGUGGGUCUGAUUGCGGGACAAUCAGAUGCCCAGUCCGGCCACAUGACAAUACGUGAGCUUGAGCAGCUGCGAGACGAUAAUCUGGUCGGAAUGAUGCGCGCCCUCAAAAAAACCAGCAGCGGGGCUGGGGGGGUUAUCAGUCGGCAUGAGGUGACUUUUCCAGUUCACAAGAACACAGUCCUGCCCGUCACCGUAAGCCGGAAAGUGCCCCAGAGCUGGGUUGACUACAAUGGGCACAUGAACGAGGCCCACUACCUCGAGGCAGCAGCUGCUGCGAGCGACAGAUUCAUGGCAAUGAUCGGCGUUGAUGCCGAUUACGUCGAAUCCGGCAAUAGCUAUUUCACGGUCGAAACGCAUAUCCGUCAUCUUGACGAACUGAGCGCGGGUGAACCACUGACGGUUACAACGCAGGUUCUGAAUGGUGACGGCAAGAAAUUGCACCUUUUUCAUUUUCUGAAAGGUGCCGAUGAAAAGCUGGCGGCGACAGUGGAGACGUUGUUGUUGCAUGUCGACCUUUCGACACGACGCAGUUCUCUGCCUGAGCCGGUUGUGGCUGAAAAACUUUCAGAAUUUGCCAGCUUACACGCAAACAUGCCGUCUCCGGACGGAAUGCAGCGAUACGUCGGACAGAUACGCUGA